AUGAACGGAACGAACGAACCUACGCCUACUCCGGCUAACAUUUUCUUUUGUCCGGAAGAUCCAGGCGCCGUUGCUCGAGCCUGCCAUAUUGCGUAUGACCCAACGCCAGAGAGAGUGACUACUAACCUCCGCAUUACAUACUUUUCCUCACUCGACGAUGCAGAGAACAUGCACCAGAUCACAAACCACUUUCUUGCAGACGUUCGUAACCCGACGAUGGAAACAUUCCUCCACACAUCAAGGCCUUUUCCUUUCAUUGACAGGUCAGAGUCCAGCUAUACGAGUUACAUAUUUGCCGUGUCGGAGAAGUAUCAGUAUAACGUCGAAGAACCCUUAUGCUGUUGCUUCUGGUUCUGGCCAGUCCUCAUGGGACCACCUGUUCAAAGAUCUCGAAAAUGCAACCCCCAGCGAUUUGAAGCGUCCUCUAGCCCCUCGCAACCCCAAGCAGUCUAUGACAGCGCGUGAGAUGAAGGCUUUCGAGAGCAUGAUUGACAUGGUUUUCGACUCGUCCAAUGACGCCGAGGCGUCAUCUGAGCGCUCUUCAGACCGGCCAAAUAAAGUCGAUGAUCUUUUCAAAAAGCUGAGGAGGCAUUCAAAAAAGAUGAAGUGGUCCACCGAGGCGGAAGAUAUGCUUGAUCGCAAGAAGGAAGAAAUGGAUCUUUGCUCAACUGAUCAGGAGUUGCUGGAAUGGGCCAACGACAAAGUUUUUGGGGAAUUCCGACAAUACCUUGAAGCGGUUUUGUCCGGGAGCAAUGAAGCCAUUCAACAACCUCCUACAUAUCCCACCAUAAUUGCGCUCCUCGUUCGCCAGUUCCGUGACAGGUAUCACAAUCCGCACCUCGCUCUAGCUAUUUUCGAUCAUGCCCGACACCUGUCUAUCUUGUCGUACGUCUUUGGAUGCUCAACACAGGCGUACAAUGAACUCAUCCAAACUCGCUGGUCUUCCUUUCGAGAUCUCAUGGGGGUGAAAGAUGCAUUGCAAGAAAUGUUUGUCAAUGGUGUGGAAACUAAUGCCCAAACCCGCAAGCUUGUAGAAGGUUUGUGGAAAGAUGUUGGUACGGAAAAUAUUUGGCCGGACCAUAACCCAGAGAGCGAAAUUGGAUCGACCCUCGCUGAGAUUGAGCGGAUGAUGCCACGGGCUCGACCAGAAAGCACCUCCAAACGGGGGCAACCAAUGUGGGAUGCUUGGAAGAAUCAAGGUUCUGAAGGGAAGGAUGCUAGCUAUGUGUUCGAUAGCUGGGAUGCACCUCCCACCAAGGAGAGGUAAAUGUCAACCGACACAACCAUACAGGACGAAGCAAGGUUGUCCUUUGUGCUCAGUGGCGAGAUCGCCAUCAUAGCCCUCCACAUCACACUUUGUUACAAUUGUUAUAAUGUAACUCCAUCCACAUCUAGGCGAGACUAAGGUUGACAGGUGACCCUCGAUGCACCAUAUAAACGUAUAUCCUAUCCAACCCCUCUUUGUUGGCAACUUUGGCGGAAAACGAAUCUUGAAAUGCGAGCG